AUGCCGAUCCUCGCAGGAAAGUCCAUCGGCCAGAAUGGGCUUGGUCUUAUGCGCAAGUCUCUCUAUACUCAACGACUUGAGACACGAGGCGCUAACCUCUUACUAGGCAUGACAUUAAAAGGCGAUGUGAUUCCCGAGGAGAAAACCUUCGCUGUCCUAGAGGCCGCUUUGAAGGCUGGGGCAAAUGUCUGGAACGGAGCAGAUUUCUACGGCACACCCGACUACAACACCCUGCAUCUCAUGAACCGCUACUUUACCGCGUACCCCGAAGAUGCCGACAAGGUGGUUCUGACAGUCAAAAGUGGCAUCGCCGACAUGAGCACGUUUGCUAUGGACUGCUCACCAGCAGCCAUUCGGGGCUUCGUCGACCGAGCCAACGCCAUCCUCGAUGGAAAGAAAAAGAUCGACCUCUUUGGCUGCGGGCGUGUGGACCCCAAAGUGCCCAUCGAGGAGACGGUGCGUGCGCUCGGGGAGCUGGUCAAGGAAGAGAAGAUCGGCGGCAUCCAGCUGAGCGAGGUCAGCGCCAGCACGAUCCGCCGCGCCGCGCAAGUGGCCACCAUCGACAUAGUGGAAGCGGAGAUCAGUCUGUGGGCAACGAACGGGUUUGAGAAUGGCGUUGCGGAGACCUGUGCCGAGCUGGGAAUUACGCUGGUGGCCCUCACGCCGUUGGGUGCCGGGAUGCUGACCGGCCGUAUCAAGAGCCCCGAUGAUCUGCCGGCCAACGACUACCAUCGAUUCUUUCCUCGUUUUCAGCGGGAGAAUCUCCAUAUCAAUCUGAAGUUGGUCCAUACACUGAGCCAGUUGGCGGAGAAAAGGGGCUGCACAUCGGCCGAGCUGGCCUUGUCUUGGUUUAGGGCUCAAAGUCGUCUUCCGCGCAUGCCAGUUAUUGUUCCGGUUUUUGGCGCGAGGUCCGAGGAACGCGUUGCGGAGAAUACCCGCGAUAUUGACUUGUCAGACUCGGAUUUGGAGGAGAUCCGAUCUAUUCUCGACAGCUGCCCCGUAGUGGGAAGUCGGCAUCCCCCUAUUGCAGCCAAGCUGUGCGAGUACUAG